UGUUUUAACCAGUCUCACUAGCAGAUUCAACACUCCUAAUCUCUCUCUAAACACCACAUAAUCAUCAUUCACACAAUAAUUUACAGAUUCCAUUGAUGCCCGAAACCCCUUUUCCCAUUCCCAUAAUCUCCAGCUUUCAAUAUCUCUUUUAUGCUAAUAAUAUAUGACUGAGAGUUGAGGGUUUUUUGAAUUCGAAACAAUCAUCAUCAUCCUUGCUGUCAUUUUCUGUUUUUUUAUAAAUAUAAAUCUGUCGUUUUUGCGGAGAAUUGAGGGUAUACUCUUUUCUUUUCGGAUAGAUACAUACAUACAUACACAUAUAGAGACAGAGACAGAGAGAGAAAGAGUGUAAGUAGUCCAGUGAAUUAAUCAUGGAGGAGAUUUUGAGGCCCUGAGAAGGUUUAAUUUCUUCUUCACCUGUUCGAUUCGUUAAAAUGGAUUUCUCAGAAUCUACAAGAGUCGUAUACGACAGAAUCCAAAAAACCGAACCCGAAAACGUCUCCAAGAUUAUCGGGUACCUUCUGUUACAAGAUCACGGUGAACGCGAAAUGAUAAGAUUAGCAUUUGGGCCCGAUAAUUUAAUACACUCCUUAAUCAACAAAGCCAAAACCGACCUCAACUUACCUUCAAACACAACCGUUGGUCAACCGAUUUCACCUCCUGAGGUCAACGGCCCGAUUCGCUUCACGCCAUUCUCUCCUUCACCCUGCCGCCGAUCACCGUUAACUAUCCAAGUCCCGACCCCCCGUUGUUGUGAUCCUCAUGGUCAACCUGUUGACUUUGUUCCCAUGGCUUCAUAUCCCGAAGAUUACCACCUUCACAACCACCUCCGUUUCAUGUCGUUAGACGAUCAAAUCGAGUCUGUUAACAGCCCCGAUUUUUCGUCUACUAAUUACUAUUCACCUAAUAGGCGAUCGCCAAGUUUACCCGAAUUUCCGUUCAAAGUUUGUCAUUACUUUAUUAAAGGGUUUUGUCGGCAUGGAAACAACUGUCGGUAUCUACAUCCUACACCUGAAAAUCUGUCGCAAAUCUUUAACACCGAGGACGAUAACGUCUUUUCACCGGGGUCGCUUGAGAAACUAGAGUUAGAACUCACUGAGUUAUUGAAAUCAAGAAGAGGGUUUCCAGUUUCCAUAGCUUCUUUACCAAUGAUAUAUUAUGAAAAAUUUGGUAAGACGCUUCAAGCUGAAGGUUAUUUGACCGAAAGUCAACGGCACGGAAAAGCUGGUUAUAGUUUGACCAAACUUCUAGCUCGCCUAAAAAGCAUCUGUCUCAUUGAUAGGCCGCAUGGACAACAUGCAGUCGUGUUGGCUGAUGACAUGGCAAAAUGUAUGGAUCAUAACGGCGAUAGAAACGAACAUGGUGGAAUUGUGGCGGGAUCUAGACAGAUAUAUUUGACUUUUCCAGCCGAAAGUACCUUUUCGGAGCUCGAUGUCUACAAUUACUUCAACAAAUUCGGGCCCGUUAAUGAUGUGAGAAUUCCAUGUCAGCAAAAGAGAAUGUUUGGAUUUGUGACCUUUUCGUUUGCAGAUACAGUUAGGCUUGUUUUAAACAAGGGUAACCCUCAUUUUGUUAGCGGUGCGCGUGUUUUGGUCAAACCUUACCGCGAAAAAUGUAAGGUUGAUGAUAGGAAACAUGGAGACACAUAUCAAAAUUCUAUUUACCAAGGUUCCCAUUGUCUUGAUACCGAACUUGGGUUGCAGUCAACGCCAAGAUUUUGUGAUAAUUCAAUCAAUAACCAAUGGCAAAGUUGUGGAACCUCACUAGAAGAUUUGAUGGUAUCAGAAGGCAAUGCUCAUGCACAGCAAAUGGAAUUUCCGCGUUUCAAUUGUUUUCUUGAUGUUUUAAACAACGGUAACACCGGUGAACAAAAAGUCAGACAGAUCAAGACCAAAUACAAUGAGCAAGAAAGUUGCAGUAGCCAGGGACUGAAUCUUCCAGACAGUCCGUUUGCAUCUGGAUUAGGCGGUGAAAUAUCGACAACUAUAUAGUUUCUUCAUAGAUAACAAGAGCAGGUUUAUAGCGUUAGAGAUAACAGAAUGUCAAAGGCGAUUUGAGAGUUCUAGAAUCGAUAUAAUAUGAGAAAAAGGUUUAUAUAGAGAACGUUUUCGGGGCGACAAAGAUGGUUGCAGAAAAGGGUACAGAAAGAAAAAAAUAUGAUAUGUAACUAAGUUAUUGUUUUUUUUUCUAAGUUUUUAGAAGUAUAGCAAGGCUGCAAAAAAAUAGGUGGCUUAAAGUAGAAAGUAAUGAAGUAGAGGGGUUAAAAGUUAAAUAGCAGAAAAGAAUUUCUGCAUCUAUGGGAUGUUACUAAAUACAUACAUAUGCUAAUUAAUAAUAUAAAGACUUCAGUUUAUACCAA